AUGUCAGGCACAAGCUCCAUAGGCUACAGCGACUUGUCAUGUUUAAGUUCAAUGGGGGGAGGUCAGCUAAUGAGCGGAGUUGGCCUUGGAAUGGGAAAGAGGAUUGGGUAUGGAGGAAUUGGAAUGGGAGGAGCAGGAAUGGGUUUGGGGCAAGGGAUGACUUUAGGUGGAGGAAUGGGUUAUGGAGGUGGAAUGGGUUACGGUGGUGGACUUGGAUUUCGCGGUCCCAAAACCUUCGGAAGUAGUGAAAUAGCCGGAAGCUCUUUCGGGGGAGAAAACAAGAAUCUCAACGACGUCUUCUUUCACAAGGGUUUUGGAAAUCAAGGAGGCCAAUUCAAUCAAGGACAGUCGGGUUUUGCAAAGGGUGAAGGACUUGUGAAGGAUAUCAAGGGAAAUUCUGGAUUUUACAGUGGAGCCAACGGUGGAAAGAAUAUUUUUGAAGAUGGAAAAAUGUACAGGGGACAACAGCACUUCGGAAAAGAAGGUACCAAUUUGGGCCAAGAAAAUGUUAAGAAGGGACAUAAGAAGGGCCAUACUGUGAAAGGAUUCAAAACAUCACAUCAAAGCGAUGAAUCCAGCAACACUGAAGAGGUCUACGACGAAGCACACGACGAAGCUGACAAAAAGGCAUUUGCGGGUGAAGAAGACAUCCUCACCAACGAAAUCAAAGACAUCGUCACUUCCCACAUCGUCAAUCCAACUGAUCACUUCAGCUAUAAAUUCUCCUCGACAAUCGAAAACAUUCAGUCUUCUCGUCUCCUCGGCUCAUUCAGCAAAAUGUUCAAAUUCCCAGCACUCGCAAUAAUUUUAGUGGUUCUUCGAGAUGUCAAGUGCGGUUACUACCCUGUCGGCAUGGGGUUGGCAGGCGGUGGAAAUUUGAUUGGGGUCGGAAAAAUGGCCGGGGGGAUGGGAGCUGGGAUGAUGGGGGGUGGAAUGGUAGGCGGUGGAGGGAUGAUGGCAGGUGCGGGCAUGGGUGCUAGAGGAAUGGGGGCUGCAGGUAUGAUGGGUGCUGGGGGAAUGGGCAUGGGUGGUGUAAGCAUGGCAGGAGGAGCAGGAAUGGGAAUGCAGGGAGCUGGAAUGGGCGGGGCUGGACUUAUUGGUGAGUAA